AUGGGGAACCGAAAAGCAGAUGGCUGUGGACAAUCACGAAAUUUGAAACAUUUAAUGACAGCAGCCACAAAAGUCACAAAAAUCUUUAAGCAUGAUUAUAUGAAAAAUAUUCCUCGUGAUGCAGGUCAUACACAGCUACAAAAUACUGUGACAAAUAGUCCAAAUGGAUUGCCUUUGCUAGAAUUCCUAGCUGUGGGUGAUGUAUGUAUAGUGAAUGAUGAAAUCGACAAUAUAUUUGUUAAGUGGGGUAUUU